AACAUUUUUUAUUUAAAUUUUUACUGUAUUAUUAUUGAACUGGCCGUUUCCCAUGGUCAAGCUCAAAUGUAAUGAUUUAAAUUGCAUAUAAAGGAUAAGAAUUUCAAAUCCAGAAACAAAAAAUUAUAUUGCCGCCAAUCCUCUCAUCCGAAACCAAACCAGAGAGGAAGCCAUUUCCUCUCAUCUUCAUCCUUCACGUUCAGUUUGAUUUUCAUGUAACUGAAGAAUUUCGGUGACGGCAGUGUCCCUAUAGCUGAAGAAACAACUCCGAUUCUAGAUCGUCGGCGUUUGCUUUAAGCGAACAGGAAAACGAAGUCUUUCCACUGAGUUUUUAAAUCGAUUUUGCAGGUAUAAUCCUAAUUUUGCAAGCACGAAGCCUGCUCUUUGUUUCACUUCUUUCUUUUUUUCUAUUUUCUCAUCUUCCUCUAUUUGGUUGCCUAGAAUAUAUGCAGGUAAUAAGAAUUUUGAAAUUUCAAGAGUAGGUUAUAUGCUGUUUGGAGCAUGAGAAAAAAUUGCUAGUUUGCAAUGUAUAGAGCAUUUAGCUCAGUGUCAAAUGGAGGACAGUUUCACUAUUUUCUACGUUUUAUUUUAUUUCUUUUGCAGAAGUUUAGUGAUUUAACCUCCUUCCGUGUUUUUUUUUUCUUUUUAAAUUCAAGUGAAUAAUUUUUAUCAAAUUUUGCGACUGCCAGUGAUGGUUCGAUAUAUAUUUUUUCACUUGAAAUGUCAAUGUUGUGUAUUGUCACCGAUACUUUUUUCCAAUGUAAUCUAGAAUUAUAGGGAAGAUAUUAAUUUCACUGUGCUAAAUUGAGGAGAAAUGAGCAAAGCAUUACGUUUGAGUAUCAAAAAUGAAAAAGUUGAAUUCUUAAGUAGAGAAGAAUGUAGCCUUAAGGAGAGUGGCGAUACCAUAUGCCUUGAAGCUUGCUGGCUUGAUAUACUUCUUGUUUUAAUCAUCUUUUGCAGAUAUUUUUCUAACAAUUAGCCUUCCAGUUUACAAUUGAAUGGACGAUUGAGGGGAAAACCUUUUAUUUAGACUGAUCAGUUGCAUCAUUUAUGUGUGUACCUAUGUUUGUUUUUUUGUUUCAUAAAUUUGAUAAGUAGUCGCAUGUUAUAGGUCCAGUGGCAGUGGGAUAGACCUCGCUAAUCUAUUCAAACUCAAUUUUGAUGAAUAUACCUUAUCAAUGAUUCAGCUGUGAUAUCCAGAUAUAUUAUGGAUUAAAAUCUUGUAUUCAAGGUUGAAAUGAGAUGCAAUGCUUGCUGGCGAGAACUGGAAGGACGAGCCAUUACCACUACCUGUGGUCACCUCUUAUGCACUGAAGACGCUAGCAAGAUCCUUAGUAAUGAUGCAGCAUGCCCGAUUUGCGAUCAAGUGCUCUCAAAGAGCCUUAUGAAACCUGUGGAUAUCAAUCCAAAUGACGAAUGGAUAAACACGGCUAUGGCUGGAGUAUCUCCUCAAAUACUGAUGAAAAGUGCAUAUAGAAGCGUGAUGUUUUAUAUUGGGCAAAAGGAACUGGAGAUGCAGUACAAGAUGAACAGAAUUGUAGCUCAAUGUCGGCAAAAAUGUGAGGUUAUGCAAGAAAAAUUCACAGAAAAAAUAGAGCAGGUGCAUACUGCAUAUCAAAAAGUAGCAAAGAGGUGUCAGAUGAUGGAACACGAGAUUGAGAGCUUAUCAAAGGAUAAGCAAGAGCUUCAAGAGAAAUUUUCUGAAAAGUCUAGGCAGAAGAGAAAGCUUGAUGAAAUGUAUGAUCAAUUGAGGAGUGACUAUGAGUCAAUGAAAAGAUCGGCCAUCCAACCAACGGGCAAUUUUUAUUCAAGAAAUGAGCCUGAUUUUUUCCCUAACCCGGCUACUACCAUGAUGGAUAACAGAGAACCUAUGAGGAAAGAUUGGUCGGUUUUCAAUCCUCCAACUCCAGGGCCUAGGGAGGACGUAUGGCCAGCAAGACAGAACAGUUCUAAUUCUGGUCCCUUUGAAAUCUCUGGUGGGUCACCAGCAAAACAAGCGGCCAUUCCAAUUGAUGCUGGAAACAGGAGGGCUGGUGUUCACCCUGCUUUUGGAGCUGGGCCUGGCAAUACCUCAAUGACGCUGAGGAACUUGAUUCUGUCCCCAAUAAAGCGACCUCAGCUCUCUCGUAGCCGCCCUCAAAUGUUCACGUAAGUGUGGCUAAACUUAGGUUUCCUUGAUUGAGCAUUAUUUCUGAAUUAUUUUCUUCCAUUUUUGCGCUUUCAGGCUAUAAGCUUGAAGUCAGUGUUCUGCAGUUGGCUGGCUUAGCGAUGCUGUCUAGUUAUAAGAAAUCACUCCCUUUGUUUUUCUCCUUAUCCCUAUCCUGAAUUAUAGAGAAAGAAGAAACGGUUAGGAAACUAGUGGCGGUCCAACAGGAACAUGAAGCUAUAAUUCUGUUAUAUUAGUAUCAUAUGUUAAUUUUGCUUCCUGAGUUGACGAGCAGUCUUCAUUGUAGUUACACUACCAAUCUACCAUCUCUGUAAUUACAUUGUACGGAUGGUUAGAGGAGUGCCCAUCAAAAGGUUAGAGCAUCAAUACACCAUUAUUCCUUUGAUAUGUCGCAAAAUGUAAUGUACAAAUGUAAAGAGGCAAGAUAGUUGAUAACUUUUCCCCCGUUCUUUUUCCCCUUACACGGUUGGGAAUGCGUGGACUGGCAACCAAAUUUCAUGUACUAGUGUUUGUAAAGGAAUCAUCCUGCCACCCCCCGCAAUUGGGAGCAUUCAGAUCUUACUUGACUUCUUUCUACGUUCUUUUAUAUAAAACAGUUUUCAGAUUGAAUUAAGGAGUCCUCAAAUUAUCGUGCAUUAGUAUCUGGAAGUAUGGCAUCUGCCUAGGCUAGGAUGCCAAUUUCACUGGGACCUGAAACAUGUCUGGGACAGGUGGUCGGAUAAUUGGGGUAACCGUUCCAAACCCCACCCAUAGACAUACA